GUGUGCACUCGGCAUUUAUCUUCUACUAAAGCCUUACGAAAGGCCUCUGGCAGGCUGCGUAACCAGAACUCUGCGAACUCGAACGGCACGAGAUCUCUGUCUUGUCGAUGGUCACGUGACUCAUAUUGACGAUCCAUAACGAGGCCGCAAUGCUCCCGUAGAUUUUCCGGUACAAGUCAAAACUUGGAGACAUAACUUUCAAGACACUGCUACACUUGGGCUACCCAACGUAGAGAUGUGCGAAUGCCACAUCUCAACCUUGCGCGAGAGUCAGGCGCUCACAGGUCUCUCCCUAUACCGGGCACUCCUCAGAGAGUGCGGAGGUGUUUCCCAAGCAUUGGGCGCCGAAGCAAAUCAUGACACCAAGCAAACGCUGCGGUCUCUCGUAGGCUAUCGCUUUCAGGAAGAUCGCGAUCUGCAAUCUCCAACCCAGAUAGUGAAUGGGAUCACGGCCGGCCAUGAUUUUCUCGAUCUCCUGCGCUCUUGUAGCGCGAAGGCGGCGGACUCGCUCAACCACCUGGGGGGUUUACUGGAGUCGAUGACACUGCAGGCAGAGCAAACGGCAGCGGUGCGUGAGAAGCUCGCCUCACACUGGAAACCUCCGCCGCCUUCGCGAGCCAGACAUCACGAGCACAUCAAGAAAGUCAAAAAUCCAGCCAACUACGUAUCCGACCCUUCGAGCCCGCGCAUUUUCCAAUACCCGCAACCAUUAUCCCAGAUCCGCACCGGCGUGCGCAAGCCUCCAAACCUCAUCGUCACUCAGGGCAUCCCUAUCCUCAAAUACUCCGGUCCGCAGCCAGUGCUGUUGAACCGAGUCAUCAAGAACAAGGUGAAAGUGGGUCUCAAGCGAUUCAAACAGCACGAAGAGAUGGAGGAGGCCGCCCACCUGGCGGAAUGCGAAGAUGACUGGGAUCACAUCCUGAGCAAGCGUCACGGCAUUGACGAUGCAAAAGCCUUGGGCCGGAACAAGAACCACGAGGCAACAUGGCGGCAGACCUUUGUUGAUGCCGACAACGAACUCACGGACAAGUACAUCGAUCAGCAGCGCAAGCAUGCCCAUCUGGGAAAGAGACUGUGGCAGAUUGUGCUGGCGGAGAGGGAUUUGAAAGAAAAGGAGAGGAGGGAAGCGAAACAUGAGCGUCGCAUGGCAAGGAAGAAGGCUGCGGCCGAUUUAGCGGCUGGCGUGGCUCCGACGGACGACAGACGUGCUGUUGCGUAGAACCGAAACGUGCCGCGCGAGCAGCUUUUGAUG